GGUCAGAGGUCGGUCAGAGGUCGGUCUGCUCUCGUAAAGCGGACCGACCUCCAAGUAAAGAAGACCGACCUCUCAGUAAAGUAGACCGACCUCCUAGUGAAGUAGACCGACCAAUUCAUCGACCGCGCGUACUAAUUUUGAUUAGCUAUCUACACGCCAUACUUUAGUGCGUUUUUGAGCUCAUUUGGCUGCUGAAUCAGCACAACCAACCCCUUUUCGAGGGCGGGGUCUUGUUACGAGACCCGCCAUGACUCGCGUAUGUGGAUUCCUCUUCUCUCUGAUUCUCGUUUGUGGCGGCGUCUGCAAAGACAUAUCGGAGGAAUGGCGGCUUCAAAACAUUUGUCCAGGCUCUGGCCGGCUGUGUGCAAGAAUUCAUGAGGUCCAGGCCAGGAUAGAGCAAAAACUGCCAACCCAGGGAAAGAGGAAGCUCACAAUUGACCAGAUAGUGCUGAAUGUAUCGGCUCCCAUCUCGGAGGUGGAUCCCCAGUUCCUCUCAGUCACGAUAGACGCAGGCGACAUCUCUAGGAACUGGUCUGGAAUAACGUUCACUGCCCAGCGGAUCAUCAACAUGGCCCGAGGACUGACUCCCGCCAUGCUGAGGGUCGGCGGUACCAGUGGAGAUUUCCUUAUCUUCAACUCCUCUACUGAAGAAACAGUGCAGCGGACCAACUUCACGAUGACUCCGCAGCAGUGGGAUGAAGUCAACAAGUUUGUGGAGACUGUUGGCUGGGACUUUGUGUUUGGUCUGAAUGCUCUCCUUCGUACACCUUACCCCAAUGGCUCUUGGGACUCUGACAAUGCCAGAAUGCUGCUGUCGUACUCCACCUCCAGAAACUAUACCGUCCAGUGGGAGCUUGGAAAUGAGCCAGACCUGUGGGGGACACCAAUACCAGCUGCAGACCACGCCAAGGACUUCCUGACUCUGCAAGAUCUUGUGGUACAGGAAAAGACACUGGGACAGAUGCUUGUAGGACCUGAUGUAGCAGAGAUUUUAGACUACUUUACCAAGUUUAUAGAAAGCCUGCCACAUGGCCUCCUGAAUGCCACCACAUACCACCAUUACUAUGGAAGAGGAGAUGAAGCCAAGCUCUCACAGUGCUAUGAUGUGGAGGUCCUGGACAGCUUCAUCCAUGAGGCGGUGUCUUUCCAAGCCUCUUCCGUGGCGCUGCAGCCCAAGGCCAGUAUGUGGCUGGGAGAGACGUCAAGCUUCUCUGGUGGUGGUGCUCCCAGUAUAUCAGACACUUUUGUGGCUGGAUUCAUGUGGCUGGACAAACUUGGUAUAGCAGCAGUUAUUGGUCAUAAACGAGUGUUUCGACAGGAUUUUAUCGGUGGGAGCUAUUCAUUACUUGAUGCAGAGCAGAACCCAUUACCUGACUACUGGUUGUCUCUUCUCUACAAGAAGUUGGUUGGAACAAGAGUCCUGUUUGUCAAGGACAGUUUGGAACUUGGACGGCAGCUCAGAAUCUACGCCCACUGUGCUAAGCCUCCGGCAGGGUUCCCUGUAUGGCUAUGAAACACAGUCCUGAACCAUUUCCACAUUGCACUAGGAUACAGGGGCGGAGAUAGACGGUACCCAUCAGGCAGUGUGGUUCUGUUGCUACUGAACACAAACUUCACCACGGCAACAGCAGAGCUCCUCAAUGAGGAGCUGGCCUCCAGUACCAGAGAUGUGUUCUGGCUGAGUCCACUAGCUGGAGACCUCAUCUCCACCUCAGUCCUCCUAAAUGGAGUGCUACUGGAGCUGGUGGGCAACAGGGACUUGCCCCACCUGGUCCCAGCUGAAGACUCUCGUGGCUCCUCCCUCUCUGUUCCCAGCAUCUCCUUUGGUUUUGUUGUCUUCAAGGACACUAAAAUACCUGCUUGUACAUAGCUAAAAAGUAGGUGUGUUGUGGCAUAGCGAUUGAUAUAUAUCUCUCUAGUGUGAUGGUUAGCUAUAAUGUCAUGCUAUUGUGUAAGGCUCGUUUUGAUAUGUCAGUUGUGUACCAUGAUGUCAUCAUAAGUUGUAUGCCUGUGUACUUUCCCCCAGUCCACAUGUAUGAUCCUGUGUGUGUGUGUGUUGUG